AUGUCCCCCUUCUUCAUAACAUUCUCUUCUAUCUUCGUAGCGGCUUGGCUUGGCUGGUGGUUAAAACGAGUUUCUGUCAAGCAUGUCAAGGGACCACCGUCUGCCUAUUUCUGGCUCGGCCAUGAGUACAUCCUCCGCAGUCAAGAUAAAUUCGGCGAUCUCGAGACGAAAUGGUGUAGGGAGUAUGGCACUAUCUACCGUAUCAAAGGCAGCCUUCGUCAAGACCUCCUAGUAGUAUCUGACCCCAAGGCUCUCGAACACAUCUUCCAUUCAUCGCAUCCUUAUCCUAAAACUAGGGACGCAAACUUUAUGAUGAGUUUAAUCCUUGGAGGGCCUGGGGGGCUCGUUGUAGCCGAAAAACCUGCUUGUUUAGAGGACGACCAUCGCCGACAGCGCAAGAUCCUGAACCCGGCAUUCUCCCCUGCUAAUCUGCGAAAAUUUCAGGUUAUAUUCCAGCAGUGCAGCGAUAAAGUUGUAAACGCUAUGAAAAGAUGCACUCGUACUAGCGAACCGAUCGAUGUUGUCGAUUGGAUGAACAAGGCUUCUCUUGAUAUAAUCGGUGCUUUUCGAUACGAUUUCGGAUCGCUGGACGGUCGAGAAACUGAAUUGGAAGGAGCCUUGAGGUACUUACAUACGGCUUCGUGGCAGUCCAAUCCAUCAUUGGUUUCGACUCGAGGAGCUGGCCAGUUAGCCAGCGUGGGAGAAGCGGCGGGAAAGGUUGCUCGGGAGAUCUUGGCAGCCCAGGCUAAACUCGGAGUACAGGUUGAGUCGGAUAAGGAUAUUGUUGAUAUUCUAACAAGAGCGCGUCAUACAGGGCAAAUGAGGGACGAUGAAAUUGAGCCCCAGUUUGUAACGUUUUUAAUUGCUGGACACGAGACAACAGCUACGACACUAUCCUGGUUGUUGUAUGAACUUGCUGCACAUCCCGAGCAUCAAUCUAUAAUACGUGAGGAAGUAAAGCACUCUUAUCAUAAUGACUAUGACUCUCUGCCGUUUUUGAAUGCUGCAAUCAAAGAAAGUCUUCGCCUCCAUCCGUUCUCGCAUACACCUACGCGUGUUGCCCCUUAUGACGACGUUCUGCCUCUUUCGGGAUCUAAAACGGUUGCAAUACCCAAAGGACAAACUCUCCUCUGUUCCGUGUACUUAUACAACCGCCUCCCGUCUAUCUGGGGCGACGACGUGGAGGAAUGGAAUCCAGCCCGCUUCCUCAACAAGAGUGUCCCUGUGUCGUUGGGGGUAUAUGCCAAUUUGAUGACGUUCAGUGCUGGCUCUCGUUCGUGUAUCUGGUGGCGAUUUGCGGUCAUGGAGAUGCAAGCGGUUCUAGCGAACCUCGUCCAAAUUUUUGAAUUCAGUUUGCCUGAGGGCGUGGAAGUACAGCAGUUUCCCGGCGCGCAGGCGGUUGUUCCUGUUGUGAAAGGCGAAGCACAUUUAGAUUCUAGGGUUCCUUUAAGGAUUAAGAGUUUAGAGUAG